AUGAUCAAUGCUUUGGAAAAUGUUCUGUGUCCUAAGUGGAUUAAGCUGAAAAUGUCUGAAGAGGAUUCUAGAAAAUCAAAACUUCAUUUUGUAGAAAAAUUCGGUAUUCCAGGAAUUUGUGAUUUUGAUAUGAUAAUAAGAGCAGUAGAUGCAACUCGGCCUGGUGCAAGCCAUGACGCUUUCGUAUUUAGUAUGAGCAGUGCAAAACACUAUUACCUAUCGCAGUAUGAAGCUGGUGACCGAGGGUCUUGGCUACUGGGAGAUUCUGGUUUUGGUAUAGAGCCAUUUCUACUGACUCCAUAUAGAAACCCAGGCCCAAGAUCAGCAGAACACAGAUUUAACCAGCAGCAUGCAAAAGCACGUAACAUCGUUGAGCGUGUUAUAGGAGUAUUAAAAAGUCGGUUUCGUUGUUUGAAAACUACCCCGCCAUAUACGCCGCAAAAGGUAGUGAAGAUAAUAAAUGUUUGUUGCGCACUACAUAACAUAUGUAGGAGUAAUCAAAUAGAUGACAUUGAAACAGAAACCGUAUUAGAAAACAAUCCAAUUGAUGAGGAAAUUGCUGAAAAUGAGGAAAACAGUAGUUUAUAUAGUGUUGGCAGAAAUAUAAGAGACUCUAUUGCUAGAAAUUUAAUAUUAUGA